AUGGAGAGUUUGGGAGUUAGAAAGGGUGGAUGGACUCGGGAAGAAGAUAUUCUUUUAAGAAAAUGUGUUGAGAAAUAUGGAGAAGAAAAGUGGCAUCUGGUUCCACUCCGAGCAGGUUUGAGUAGAUGCCGCAAAAGCUGUAGAUUGAGAUGGUUCAACUAUUUAAAGCCAAAUAUUAAGAGAGGAAAAUUUGCAUCAGAUGAAGUCGAUCUCAUGAUUAGACUUCAUAAGCUGUUGGGAAACAGAUGGUCCUUGAUUGCCGGCAGACUUCCAGGGAGGACUGCAAAUGAUGUCAAGAAUUACUGGCACCAUCAUCGCUUCAAGAAGAUGGUUCCCAUCCAGGAAAAAAGGAAAGAUAAAGCCCAAACCAAUUCUCAAAACACCCUGAUAAAGCCUAAGCCUUGCAAACUCUUUCCAGGGUUCACAUUCAAAACUACAGCUGUGGAUGCUUAUGAGACACAAGGCAGUGCUUCUAGUGAGCUGCAACCCACACUGGUCCAACCAAACCAGGAUAUUUUAUGGUGGGAAAGCCUAUUCGCUGACCAUACCAUUGAAGAUCAGGAGCUUAUUGCCAGCCUCUUGGCUGACGAAACUGCAUCAGCUGUAGAUACCAAUGGAGGUGGGAAUUUUGAUUUUCCUUUUGAAAUGGGCCUCAUUGGAGAAGCCAUGAUAUAA